CCCAACAUCCGAGAAGGGGAGGGAGGGCAGAGGAAGGGGACCGGGAAAGACAGUCCCGUGCCCCGAAGACAUAAAUCCCCGAGUGCCCGGGAGGAGCCUAACAAGCGGCGCGGAGCCCUCAAGGUUACUAAGUUAGCUAUCGCAGCACAAGCCUUGGAGUCCCAAUGGGGGACUCCGGAUCAAGACGAUCUACUCUGGUCUCCCGGUUGCCAAUAUUCAGAAGGAGUAUUAGCAGAAAACACGAUUCUCUUCCUUCUUCACCCUCCUCCAGUAAUACGGUCGGUGUCCACAGUUCCUCUCCUUCCAGCACUAACUCAAGCUCAGGUAGUACAGGUAAACGCAGAAGCCUCUUCCGUACUCCAUCCAUCAGCUUUCAUCAUAAGAAGGGGAGUGAACCUAAGCAAGAACCUACGAACCAGAACCUUAGUAUUUCAAAUGGUGCUCAACCUGGUCAGAGCAGUAUGCAAAAACUGAGUUUGGAAGAACAUACUAAAGCCAGGGGAAGACAUUCUGUUGGUUUUAGCAGUUCCCGAAAUAAGAAGAUAACAAGGUCUUUGACAGAGGAUUUUGAAAGGGAAAAGGAACACUCGACUAACAAGAAUGUCUUCAUAAAUUGCCUAAGUUCUGGGAAAAGUGAGGGGGAUGAUUCUGGGUUCACAGAAGAACAAACUCGCCGUUCUGUUAAGCAGUCAACAAAGAAGCUUCUUACUAAAUCUUUCUCAUCUCACUAUAAAUUGUCUAAGCCAGUUCCACAGAGCCAAUCUAUUUCAUUGGUACAACAAUCUGAAUUCUCAUUGGAAAUUACACAGUACCAAGAACGGGAACCUGUAUUAGUAAGAGGUUCUCCAUCUUGUUCUGUGGAUGUAACAGAACGGGCAGGUAGCUCUUUACAAUCUCCAUUGCUUUCUGCUGAUCUUACUACAGCUCAGACACCUUCAGAGUUCUUAGCCUUGACUGAAGAUUCUGUGUCUGAAACGGAUGCAUUUCCUAAAAGUGGAAGUAUGGCAUCCCACUGUGACAACCUUGGCCACAAUGAUUCUACCUCUCAGAUUUCUCCUAAUCCUGCUGCUGUUACAAAGACCAUAAGAGACCUUAGGGGAGCCGUUCCCUGUGCAAUUGUGUCUCCUGGAAAAUACAGAUUAGAAGGUCGAUGUAGCACGGAAUCUAAUUCUUUACCGGAAACCUCUGCUGCUAAUCAGAAGGAAGUGUUAUUGCAAAUCGCUGAACUACCUGUUAUGAAUGGGAGUGACUCAGAGACUCACCUCUCAACAGAUACAAGAGAAGAUCAUAUAGUAAUACAAAAUGGUGAAACAAUGUUGGCAACAAGCUCCCCAAGGAAAUUUGGCUUUUAUGAGCACCAUAAAGCAAUAGCUGAACGUGUGAAAGGGAUCCAUCCUAUUUCAGAUUCAAGGAUAAUACCCUCUUCUGGUGAUCAUCAUGUUUUAAACAAAACUUCAUAUGGAUAUGAUGCAAAUCCUGCCAAAGUUCUUGCCAGUAGCCUCAGUCCAUACCGUGAAGGAAGAUUUAUAGAGAGGCGACUGCGAUCCUCAUCAGAAGGAACUGCAGGGAGUAGCAGGAUGAUUUUGAAACCAAAAGAUGGAAAUGUAGAAGAAGUUAAUAGUCUAAGGAAGCAAAGAGCAAGUUCAUCAUCUUCAAAAAUGAACAGCAUGGAUGUUUUGAAUAAUUUGGGCUCUUGUGAACUGGAUGAAGAUGAUCUAAUGCUUGAUUUGGAAUUUUUAGAGGAACAGAAUCUUCAUCCUUCAGUUUGCCGGGAGGAUUCAUACCAUUCUGUGGUUUCAUGUGCUGCUGUAGUUCUCACUCCUAUGGAACCCACCGUGGAGAUGAAGAAGAGAGAAGAACUCAAAUUUCGUGAACCUUCAAAACAGAACCUUUCCCUGAAAUUAGCAAAAGACAUUGAUCAGGAAGCCAGAUGUUCCCAUAUCAGGGGAGUGCCUAGCAGUCCAUCUGCAGAUUGGCCCCUGCCAAGUGUGGAAGAAAACGGAGGCAUAGAUUCUCUGCCAUUCAGACUGAUGUUACAGGACUGCACGGCCGUCAAGACAUUAUUAUUAAAGAUGAAGAGAGUUCUUCAAGAGAGUGCAGAUAUGAGCCCAGCAAGUAGCACCACUUCACUUCCAGUUAGUCCUCUUGCUGAAGAGCCUUUGCCUUUCAAGGAUAUAAUGAAAGAUGAAUGCUCAAUGCUGAAGCUGCAGCUGAAAGAGAAGGAUGAACUAAUUUCCCAACUUCAGGAAGAACUGGAAAAAGUUCAGCACUUACAGAAGGCUUUUGCUUCAAGAGUAGAUAAAUCCACACAAACUGAACUUCUAGGCUAUGAUCUGUUCCAAAACACAGAGAUUCGUGUUUCCUGCCUUUUGAAGAGAAUGGGAUGAAUUACCAAGAAGCCUCUGUCAACUAAAAAAUGAUGCACAACUUGAGAGUUGGAGUUAAAUUUUAUUUGGGGCAAAAUGAGGACUGCAGCCUGGGAGACAGCACCUCAGCUCUGAGACACUGCUCCAAAGAGGCAGUGGGAGGAAGGUCAAUAUGUAGGCAGAGUUCAGUACCGUUAAGCAGUUAUUUUACAAAAGGUUUUCUGCUGGUCAUGAGGAUUUGACAUCACCUUAAAGGAAUUUAGUGCUUUUCUAGAUAUGAGGAGAUCCAAGAAUUGAGACCAUAAAAUUUGUUGCUAAAAACAUCUAACUAUCUAAGACCUGUCCCACCAUAUUCCCUGGAGCACAGAGUGCCUCACUCCACCUUGAACUUCCUCAGGGGGUGUUGAAGGUCAACAGCUGCAGCAGCACAGGAUUCAGUCUCCACAGAGGCAGAUGGCAAAUGCUCUUGUUGUUCAGUCAUUGGCAAUGCUCUUGGCAAGUCCCAAUUUAUAGUUGACACCUUAGUAAACAAACUACAGAUCUGCACAAUAAAGUCAGAGCUCAGAAUGCAAAGAGAGCAGAGGACUUAACCUCAAACUCCAGGGUCAACAAGAAAGCAUUAGAACCUGAUUACUCACUGGCCUUGAGGUAAUUGGGGGUCUUUUCUGACUCAUAACUUCUGACACCAAAAACUGUCAGAAACUGUAAAUAGCAAAGUUAAAUCACCAAGUCAACAAGGAGUAAUUAGCAAGAGUUUAUUGUACACAUAAGAACAGUUUGCAAGCUGAGUGUGUUCAAAUUCUAAGACUAAUCUAAAGCUCAGAGCUCAGGGGCAUGAUGUCACAAAAUGAAUUAAAAGGGAAAGUGAGGAAGUUGUUUAACUUUUAUAAUGAUUAGUCAUUAUAAUGGGUGCUUCCUGAUGGCAGGAGAUUUGUUAAAAGUGAUUAUCUCAAAGUUUUUAGCAAGAUGAUUUAGGAUUGUCAGAGUAAUUUACAAGAAAUAACCUAAGUUAAAUUUUGCAUAUGUUCAUGAAAUAAAAUAGAUAUAGUUUUGCUUAGGUGGCUUAAAUGGUUUUGUUUGCUCAGGAAAUUCUCAAGUCUAGUCUUCACUUUGUAUUUAAUUUUAAUAGAAAAAAAAUAAAAGUAGGUAAAAUAUUCAAAGUAAUAGGUUGAGCAUAAGUUUGAUUUGUCAACUAAAAUAGGAUAUCAUGAUUUGCAUGGAUUCACAUUACUUUCGUUUAUUUAGAGAAUAUUUACUAGGUGCUUACAAUGUGCUGGGACUGCCCUGUGGCUCAGACGGUAAAGCAUCUGCCUACAAUGCAGGAGACCUGGGUUCAAUCCCUGGGUCGGGAAGAUCUUCUGGAGAAGGAAAUGGCAACCCACUCCAUUAUUCUUGCCUGGAAAAUUCCAUGGAUGGAGGAGCCUGGUAGGUUACAGUCCAUGGGGUUGCAAAAAGUUGGACAUGACUGAGCAACUUCACUUGCACUUCCACUUACAAUAUGCUGGGCCCUGGGAUAAUAUGCAUAUAUGUUUAAUACUACAUAUAUACCAAAGAAUCAUAGAUGAGUAUAGACUAUCGGAAUAUAAAAGUAUGAUCAUAAUGUUUUAUAAUUAUGAUAGCAAAAAUGUCUGAAAUAUGGUACUUUUAGAAAUAGAAUAUAGUUCAGCAUAAUUAGAUCUAUCACUUAAUUUUUAGGGUUAUCUUAUAGAUUUAUAUAUAUAGGAAGAGAAUAGAUGCUAACAUAUUUAAGUACCUUUGAGUUUCAAACACAGGCACUCUUAGUGUUUUUCACUAUAUUCUGCUUGCUUUUAUUUAUUGCUCUAUGAAACAGGCACAUUUGGUAUCCAUUUAUGUGGGCAGCCAUGGUCCAUAGGAACCCAGUUUAAUCCUUUCAGUUUGAUUAAAUAUAUAAAAGUUACUUCAACUUUAGUAAGAAAACAAUCAUAAAAUAUGACUGGAUAACACAAAACACAUAAGUUGGCAUUAAUAAAUAGUAGUAAAUAUUAUCUUGAAAGAAUAUCAUAUUAUUAGAUUGCUAAAUUAUAACAAAAAAUCAGAACACAAAGUGGUGAACAGAAAAAGGUAGGGUGUGGUCAUUCUCGUGUGAUAUAUUCAGGAAAACAAAUCAUUAAAACGCAGUUAAAAAAAUCAUGUCAUUCAUUUGACAAAAUAUUUUUGAGAAUCUGUUAUAUGCCAAGUACUUGUGUAGAUUCUGGGCAUACAAAGUAAAAAUAACUAUAAUCCCCUGUAUGGUCUUUUCAUCUCAUUCAGUGGGCCUUGUCAUUAUCCCUACUCUACAGAUGAAACCAUGGAGGUUUAGGGAAGACCUGACUGAUGUCACAAUAAGUGCUAAAUGUCCCCCAAGUUAGUCUGGUGAGACCCAACAUGUUAUCACAUCACACACCUCAACCAGGUACAGUGUUAGAGUGAUUAUCUAAGGCAGUGAUACUUUCAUUUCAUUGCAAAACAGAUUGCAAGAGAGGUGUGCAAAAAGAAUCACAGUUAGUUAAUACCAACUUUCUGACCCGACUAUUUUCUAAGAUCACAGUAAAAAUUAUAUUUUAAUCAAAAGAGAAAGGAAAGUGAAAAAGAUAGUAGGCAGCUUUGAUAAAUUUUGAUUGUUCUAUUAAGGUUUAAUGCUUUAGAGAAUGAAUGAGUUUAAAUUUCAUUUUAUCAUAUUGCCUCUGAACUAUCACACUGAGGUCUUAAAAUUUUAAUUUUUUUUCCCCCUGAAACUAACUAAACUUGAUGGAGACUGAAAUGUAUUUUUAUUACCAACUACAUCUGCAGGUAAAGACCCAAAAAAAUGAAGAAGAGUGAUUUAUAGUGCUGUAUUCUAAUAUCACCUACUAAUCAAAUGUAGAAACUCUUACAAAAGGAAAACAUAUUGAAUAAGCACAGUGCUAACCAUCUAAUUCUGGAAGGUGGGGUGGAAGUCAUCUUAUAUUUCUGUACAGGCUUUUGUAGGAGGCAUAUUCAUAGCCCUUUAGCAAUGGUGAUUAACAUGAUGAUUAAAAACAGCAAGGUUUCCGCCUGCAUGGCUAGGUCAUCUUGGUUAUGGAGAUAACCACUUUUACUGACUCCAGGGUGCUCUUGAAAACAAUGUGAUUGCACUGUGGAGUCUAUAUUUAUCUUAGCAUGCAGUUGAAACAGAGCUGACAUGUUACUCUGGUGCUUACCUGCCCUACAUUCUUUGUUUUUUUAUAUACUGUUAACUUUAAUUUACUAGGGUUUAGGGUUGUUUUUUAGGAAUUUUACGUGUAUAAGUAAUUGGUCUAUCCAUUUCUUUUCUUUAUUUUUUUUAAUUUUUUUAAUUUUAUUUUUUUACUUU